UUCAAUGACAUUGGUAUCAAAAUUUUCGGAAAACUGUCAUUGGUUUCAAAAUUAGUAAAGUAUGGGAAAUAAAAUUAAAUAUUAAUUAAAAAAUUUAAAAAAAUGGCUGAUAAUAAAAAUUUGAAUGUACAAAUUAUUGAGGAUUUGGGUGAUCCGAUUCCCGGUACUUCGGUGUCAGUACAAGAAAAUUCUUUUUGUUACCCCGCUCAUGAAAGAAUAAAGACUGGUUUCGGUAGAAUGAUUAGGUCAAGUCUGCCGAACAUUGGCAAUCAUUUGAAACGUUUAAUGAGAUUUAAAAGUCAGCGAGAGGUAAACUAUACCGCGGAUAAUCUAAAAGAAGGGGAAGUAGAAGAAGUAAAUGAAGGAGAAGAUGAAGACGCGAUUUCUAAUGAAACAGUAGCUAGUGAUUUAAACGAUUCGUUCCAAUCUUCAAACUUGACUUCCAAUUUUACGUUGGAACAUCCAUCAAUGUCUUUGUAUCUGGACAAUAAUAUUAGCCCGAGCUCUUCAGAUCAAAUGGAGAUUUCAAUUAGACCGUCUAAUUUAUUUCAAUAUUAUUCUACUAAUUUUCCAUUAGCUUCAUCAUCACUUUUUACAAAUAAUAUACCAGCAGAAAGCGAUAUGACAGUAUCAACAUUGUAUUAUCCAACAAGUGGAGUUAACCCAUUGAUGAUUUCACAGAGUGUAAAUACAAGUUCAAAUAUAAUUAAUGAUAGGACAUUUACGGAUUUAAUUAAUGAAGAAGGUGUAAUAGUAGCAGGAAAUCCUUUCGAAUACGCAGCAACCUUGCACGUUCCCGUUGGGAAUGAAAAUAAUAAUAGACUAACAUAUGAACCACGAAGAGUACCUUUAAUUGUAUCUGAUAAUAAUUACAUUGCUUCAUUUAAUAUUGAUAAUAGUAUAUCAUCUGGGAGUGAGAGCAGUAGUGAAAGUGUAAUAAUCAGUGAAUUGGGUGAAACAGAUUCUCUGAUGCGUCGUAGAAGACAUGAAGUACGACAAUUGUAUGACAUUGCAAUGAGACAAAAUGUAAGAAAACCUUUUCUUUACUAUGAUGAUGAGCCAUCUAUUUAUUAAAUUCAAAAAAUAAGUCCGUGAACACAAAAACCAUAAAGUGAAUGGAAUUAGACGGUUAGUUCAGCUAGAGAUCAAACAUAAAACACUUGGAAAAAAAGUAAAAAAAAAAAAUUUAAUAAAAGUGAAAACACUGAAGAGUAUGAUAAAUAUUCUCUAUGAAAUCUAUACCUGUUUUAUUCUCUUAACAUAUCUUAUCUUAUCAAUUAUAACUGUCGAAUAAAUCAAUUGAGUAUAAUGAAAUUACAGACUUUUGCAAUUAUUUAGCGUGUUUGCAUUGUAUUAAUUGUUAGUAUAUUGCGAAAAAUUUAUAAUAAUGUUUCCUUCCUUAACUAUUUAUUAUUUUAUUAUAUUCCCAGGAUACUUAACACGGAAGUAAUGCUUUAGUUCCUCUUAGUUGAAUUUAUUUUUCUGUUUUUCACAUCAUCUUUUCAUAGAAUCAAAUGAAUGUAUGUAUUUUUAUACUGAGAACCAACAGUAAAAG